CUUAGAAUCGAAGGUGCUGGUUUUGGAAGUGGAGAACUCUUUGAUUCAAUCGACUCGACUAGAAGCUUCAUUGAGGAGAAGAAACGACACAUCAGUUUUGACAACUACUUCCGUGGUUCGACACCGAUAAGUGAUUGCGCCACACCGGAUUCAGUUCGGUGUGAAGACGAAACAGAAGCCUUAGCAAAGGGUGUCAUCGAGAGCCUGUUCUCUGGUGUUGCGCUAACUCCUCUAACUCCUGCGCAGGAUUCCAAGGAAGAGCUGCGUAAAGCGUCUACUACGUCUAAGCAGAGUAAAGCUGUACGCAAGUUAUACAUGGACAACUUGGCGGAGUGCGAUUCGUCGGAAAAGCCAGCGAAGGACUUAUUCCCGGUCAUAGACUUGAAUGAGUCAUCAGCUGAUGCAGAGAAACUUGAGUCUAUUGUUGGCUUGUCGGAUGUAUCUGGACAGUCCAGUUCGCAAGCCAAGUCUGUGGAUGUUGCUUCUUCCAUCCCAGAAGAGCCUGUCGUGACGGGAGAUGACGAUGGUGACUCAUGGGAGAACCUUGAUGAUUCGAAACUCGAGGAGCAGAUGAGUGCGUUGAAGCUUGAGGUUGCUUCGAAAACACCGAGACGCCCUAUUAGCUAUUUCGCUCCGCCUGUUGAAGCUGCAACUCCUUGGGAUCCUUUCCUGUUGCCUCACGUCCUCGAAGCUUAUGACGUACCGGAGUACAAGCUUGCUGAAGACGUGGUAAACGCAUUGGCAGCUACCGACUGGGGUAAUGCCACGGUGAAAUGGUUGGAGCGCAAGAUUGUCUUUGUGGUGUUCGCUAGUGAACGUCAAGCUCGCGAUGCUUUGGUGUUACACAAGCAUCAGUGGUUGCGAUUGCGGCCACUUGCGAAAUCUCCUGCGCGUGUCCAAGAGAAAGCGCGAGAAAUCCAGGCUCAGUUGAAGCCCACCAGGGCUCGUCCAAAAACUAAUGCCGGUGUUGCUCGCAGAAUGGUUGAAAGUACAUUGGGAAUGCGCUCAUCAGUGUCGAAAGAGCAGCGCGAGGCAGAAAGAAAGCAGCUUUCUGAUGCGAAAGGUAUGGAAAAAAGAACAAUAUAUGCUGACUAG